AUGCCUUCUGAGCCCUAUAUUACCGGGCCACGGGGUAGACUUGAAAUCGAGGACAAAGGACCUGUUUUAAAAAAUCGUGAUCGAUGCUUUGAAUCGGUACCCAAGGGUGCUUCUCAUCCUCAUGAUUCAUCACCGAUUAGCCCUACUUCGCCUCUACCUGACAUUCGCAGUGGCCGUGAUAUUAGUCGCACCCGAUUCCCUCAUGAUCCUCAUCAUAAUCAUCGUAUUGUUGCCGAACCAUCGCCUAACCCUGACACGUUGCGUGCGCAUUAUCGUAGUCCCCCUCCCGUGCCCUCACCUCUGAGGCCUGCUCCCCGGCAUGGAAUCUCCGUAUCUCCACCGCCAUUACCGCCGGUCCCUUCAAGGGGCAGGGAAGCAACGAAUUCGCGCUCUCAUGAUAGACGUUUGGCCUCGCCUGUUGCACCACUACCACCUUCGGGUUCACCACUCCAGCAUUCGGUCAGUGCUUCUAGGAGGCGAGCGACUGGCCCAUUAUCGCCUGGUCGAAAGUAA